AUGCGAUGGCGACUGCUCAUUGGCUCUGUAUCUGCAUCAUUCAUUGCAGGCCUCUGGACUGCAUCGAAAUAUCAAGAGCGCAAGAACGGGCUCAUACGAGCGGCGGAUAGCCGAGCGACGUUCGCAAAUAGGGAAGAGCAUGGAUUUGCGUUCGUCUUCUACGCGACCAACGAUUUAUAUGCUUGCUCCGUAUUGGUCAAUAUACGCAAGCUCCAGCAACUAGGGUCAGCGUAUCCGGUUCAUGUUCUGGUGUCGUCGUCCCGAGUGGGCGAGGACAGCCUAUCUGCAUUCGCAUCUGAAAAUGUCACUGUGCAUCUGCAAGAUGUCCUACCGCUGCGUGACGGAAUUUUCUACUACGAGGACUGCUUGGUGAAGCUACACGCGUUCAAAAUGCAUAUAUUGAGUCCUGGUCUGCGCAGAGUGCUGAUCCUCGACGCGGAUCAGCUCAUCAUGCAGAAUCUGGACCACCUCUUUCACGGCAUACCUGUAACCGAUCUAGCAGCGCCAAGGGCUUACUGGAUCUCAAAGGACUAUAUCUCCAGUACUUUGAUGCUUAUUGCGCCGUCUGAUCGUCUAUGGAGUUCUAUCAGGGAUGCAAUGGAUAGCAUCGGCCCAGAUACAUACGAUAUGGACCUGAUCAAUUCAGUCUUUGGAGAAACAGUAACGAUGCUGUCCGGGGAGUACGCCACGCUGAACAGUCACUGGGACGAUUGGAAUCUUCCUAGCUGGUAUCACCCUAUCAGUGCACGAUUGGGUGCCGUGGCUGGUGCUCCGACCAAUACAUCUCCAGCCGACCGACGCGGAAUGGAAGGAGAACUCUCAGGUUUGCGAGGAGCUGCGGCGGUUGUUUAUUUCUCGGCAGUUGGAAAGCGCGAGUUGUGA